ACAGUCAUAGGUCAUUCAUGAUAAAGAAUCAAUUGUAAUACAUAUAUAUAAAUAGUGGAUUGAAAAACUUCAAUUAUUAAUCGAUCGCUUGAAGUAUAUUGAACACGUACAAUAUGGCUAGAGAGUUAAAAAACAAAGUUAUUGUGAUCACUGGUGCUGCAGAAGGUUUGGGUCUAAUAAUGGCCGAGGUAUUCCUCGAGAAAGGCGCGAAGACUGUUGUCAUUUUAGAUAUAAACGAGAAACUAGGCGCUGAUGCUGCACGCUCGCUCAACUCCAAAUACGGAGAUGGCAAAGCGGCUUUCUUCAAAUGUGAUGUUAUCGCAGAUUUGGAAACUAUUUCGAAGAAACUUUUCGACACGUACAAAACUGUUGAUGUUCUAGUAAACAACGCCGGUAUACUCGAUGAUUUUGCUGUAAAAAAGACCAUUUACAUCAACGUUCUCGCUCUGAUUGAAUGGUCUAACAAGUUUUGGGAGCAUAUGAGGAAAGAUAAAGGAGGAAAAGGUGGCACUAUAAUUAAUUUAGCUUCGAUCUACGGUUUUAGAGUUGACCAGUUCCUUCCAGUGUAUCAGGCUUCGAAGUUUGCUGUGAUGGGUUUCACAAGAUCUUUGGGACAUAAAUAUAACUACGAGAGAUCUGGUGUUCGAGUAGUGGCAAUCUGUCCAGGCUUUACUGUAACGAAGUUAACGACUGAGGUUAAAGCCAGCGACGAACAAGUGGUGCAACGUGAUUGGGAGGCAUUCUUGAAAGGGAAUCUUUGGCAGAAGCCUGAAUCUGUCGGAAAGGCCGCAGCUGAGAUAUACGAACGGGCGGACAGCGGAACUGCUUGGUUGAUAGAAGGCGGAAAACCAAUUGUGGAAGUACCAUAUGUUUCUCCAUUCUAAUUUUGUAUCUUAAAAUUAACUGAACUAUUAAUUUCCUAUAUAUAAUGUUAUGUACUGAUUACUGAAUAAGAAUGACAAUUUCUGUA